GUGCCAUCUACAAAAAAGAAGAAGAAGAAGAAUGAUUCGAUCAUGUGCUGAAUGUCUCGUGUAAACAACAGUUUUUGGUUAUGGCCUCGUCUCCGAAUUUUGAUUUAAAAGAGCGAUUAGAUAUUAGUUUCAAAGAUACGGCAGCUCUAAAUUCAUUAUGCAGGAAUUUAGCUUCCGAAAUAGAAUUAGGUUCUGUGAAACUCUGCACGUUUGUGGAGACACUAGGUUCUUACAUGACAGACCAAAAUGUUCUUACGAGGGAGAAAGGAGUUAUGGCCCUUUCCUCCGUUUUGUCGCAGCUGCCCCAAGAUUAUCUCACUGAAUCAGAAUUGCGUUUUAUUACAACGUUUUAUUGCGACAGGAUGAAGGAUCAUUAUAGCAUUAUACCAUCUGUACUAAAUGGUAUUCAAGCAAUUGUGAACAUGACUCAUUUACCUCAAAACGCAUCGUCAUCCUUACUAAGAGUUAUGUUUGAGCACGUUCAGUGUCAAUCUCAACUGUUACCUGAACGUCGCAAAAUAUAUCUUAUACUAAAGAGUUUAAUAGAAAACAGAUUACAUGAUCUGAGAUCCAUGGGACCAGAUUUAGUUUAUGGUAUUAUCAGUUCUAUGGAUGGUGAAAGAGAUCCGAAUAACCUCGUGUUAUUGUUUGAUAUGCUACCACAGUUUUUAAAAGAAUUUCCAUUGGGUCAUUUAACCGAAGAAAUGUUUGAAGUUUUGGCAUGUUAUUUUCCAGUUGAUUUUAAUCCUUCUGGCAUGGAGGAUCUAAGGGUAUCGCGGGAAGAUUUGGCAGAAAAAUUGGCGCCUUGCUUAUGCGCUGUUCCACAGUUUGCAGAUUAUUGCUUACCUCUUAUAAUUGACAAAUCAUAUUCCACUCUCAGAGUUGCCAAACUCGAUUCCUUAAAUCUAUUACGUGAAAGUGUUCAAACGUUUGGGCUGUUAAAAAUAAAAUUGUGCUUACCAGACCUAUGGACAACUUUAAAGAAAGAUAUAGUGCCAGGGAGAGAUGUUGAAAUAAGAGACGCUGCUUUACAAGCAAUGACAUCUUUAAUUAAAGUUAUAUCAGUCGAUGAAACUGUUUGCAAAAAUUUUAUUGACAAGAUAAUUGCCGAUAUAAAAUCGUCGUUGUGCGACGUGCAACUUAGUUUGUACAGACCUGCCCAAACGCUACUGGAAACAAUAGCUGCAAUUAACAAAACGAUAUGUGUACAAAUCUUGCAAGCUGUAAUACCUUUAUGUAUUGGACAAUAUUCUACGAUGAAUUCAUUAAACGACAAAAUUGCAUUGAUAGAAACGUUAAAUAAUUUUAUGAAAAUAUGUUCUAAUUACGACAUUUGCAUUCAAGAUAUUCCAGAAUUAUCAUGGACAAAUAUACCUCAAACAUAUUUAGAUGGCUUGACAAUAAAAAGUACUGAACUAAAAAGUAAAAUAUUCCUUGGUUUAAUGAUCCAAAAGGCAUAUUUAAACGAUGUACAACGCUCUAUAUUAUAUAAUGCGAUAUGCAAUGAAAUUGAAACAGGAUGCGACAAAAUACAAAGCACAUGUCAUACAGUUGUUAUAGAUUUUGCUGCGUUAUAUCUUGAAGAAAUAUCAGUGUUAGUUAAAGAGAGAUUGUUGUCGAAUACAGAUGAGACGGAAGUAGAAUUAUUAAAACGAAGGAUAAAAGCUUUAUCAGCAAUUGCAAAAAUACGUGAACUAGGUUGUGUAAUACUCCCGAAAAUUGUUACAAUGUUAACAGACACUGUUAAUACUGAUAUACGUAUCACAAUAUUACUGAAUAUCCAGAAGCUAAUUGCUUUAAAGAAAUCUGAUUACAACAUACAUCAAUUUCUAUACAAGGAAUGCCAUAUUAUUGAUAAAUUAAUUUCAUAUGAGACAAAUGUUGAUCAUAAAAUGUUGAUAUCUAAUAUCUGCCAGUUAAUUAUACGAAAUCUUACAAUCGAAGAACAACGUGCGAUUGUAACGAAAUACGCUGUGGCUUUAAAUACGAAAAUUCCCGAAACUGAUGUGACUAUAAUGAUGAAUCUUUUCAUUUCUUUACGGAAAGAUAUCAAUUUGAACAUAAAUAAUAAUACGGUGGAAAAUCUGUAUAAUCUAGCAACUAGCAAUUGCAAUCCGGAUAUAAGGCAAACAAGCUGUAAAAUUCUAUCUGUUUUAUUAAAUAAAAUGAAAGUGUCAGAUGUCGAUAGAAUUGUAUCUUAUCUAGAAGACAAAAUAAGUAAUAAUUUAAGUACGGACAGUGACAUUAAAUUAAAGCAACGUACGGUUAACUUUCAAAUUUGGAUGACUAAAGCACUCGUCAUGAGAGGAUACGCAAAGUCCCAAUACUUUCUAGAGAAUCUUACGCACUUAUUAACUCACAAUGAAAUAGGUCAAUUUAUAGGUGAACAAUAUCAAAUUUUAGUAAGUAAGCACGAGGAUAUUUUAAUAACGGAAAAUUUCUGCGACGUGAAAAUUUUUUAUAAACAAAGAGUGUUCGAAUAUUUGUUGCGACAAAAUAUGAAUUUUGCAAGCGCGAUGAGACAGAAUUAUCUUAUUGCUUUGGUCCAUCUACUAGAACAAAUGCCUGAAGAAUUAUUAUUUUUGCAUUUAACCGAGUUGGUACCGCUGUUGAUUGAGUCUCUAUCUCUUAGUAAUGAGCAUUUAGUUCUUUGGACAUUGACGUCAUUUAAACUUCUACUUGACACUAAACACGAUGUAUUUUCUGAUAAUUUACAAUGUGUUAUACCAAGGCUUAUGCAAUUAUCAACGCAUCGGAUCAUGGGUGUUAGAAUUGCGGCUCUAGAAUGCCUGGCGCAUUAUACUAGUUAUUCCACUAUUUUGAUCAAUCCGUACAAGCAGAGUGUGUUAGACAAAUUGGGGGUGUUAGUCGACGAUCGCAAACGUUUAGUCAGGAAGGCUGCGGUGGAAACGAGAAUACGAUGGUAUCUAGUGGGUGCAUCUGGAGAACAGUCAAAGGAAUGAACGAUAUCGCAGUUCGGUUCUGU